GGGCGAAACUAGCGGCUGCAAAGAUCCCGGAGCUGGAGAGGCCGUCAUGCUGCGAGGCGACAGUGGCCGUCGGCUGGUAGCUGAGCUUCAGGGCGCACUGGACGCCUGUGCAGAGCGACAGCGACAGCUUGAACGAAGCCUACGCGUUUCCCGGAGGCUGCUGCAGGCCUGGGAACCAGCUGGGACUUCAGCUCUGGAGCCACCUCCUGGGUCAGGAACGAAGGAAGAGGACCCUUCUCCAGCAUGCACACCAAGCCCCCAAGACUUCAAGGAGCUGGAGCUUCUGACCCAGGCACUGGAGAAAGCUGUACAGGUGCGGAAAGGUGUCUCUAAGACUGGGAAAAAAACCAGAAUGUCCAGCCUGCAAUCUGGGACUGUUGCUGCGUCUCCAGGCACCACUGCCUCUGCUCUGCCCCAGGCCUCAAGUCAGGCUGGCCACUGUUCUUCAAGGACAAGACCCACCAAGGGCAUUCAUCAGACUGUGGUGCCUGCCAAGGACCACCCAGAGCACAGGCUUCUGUCGGUGAGAGACAGGCCUCAUGCCGUGCACAUACGAGCUCGAGGGACCAGGCUUGAACCAAGCCACGGGGAACAAAUGACCCCAUCAGCUUCUCCUCAUGCAGCAGAAACCUUCACACUCAAGGAGAAGGGGACUCUGCUGCAACUGCCCUUGGCUUUCAGGAAGGCGGCUUCCCGGAAUUCCUGCCUGUGGACCCAGCUCAACUCCACACAAACCAGUGACGCCACAGAUGCCACCAGUGCUGCCAAAACCCGAUUCCUCCAGAAAAUGCAGAUGGCUUCAAGCACAUCCAGCUCCAGGUUCAGUGCCGUGGAGGUAGAGAUGGAGGUCCAGUGCCUGCAGAAAGCCUGUGCACUGCUGAGACUACGAAUGGAAGAAGAGCUCUCAGCAGCCUGCCUUCCCUGUUGUGUAGCCCCUGUAGACUGGAUGCAGGAGUACCGAUGCCUGCUCACUCUGGAAGGGCUGCAGGCCAUGGUUGAGCAGUGUCUCCAUAAGCUUCAGGAACUGCGUGCAGCUCAGACAGAACAGUUGCCAGGACCUUGUCUCAUAGGGAGGCCUCUUCGGGCCUCAUUGCCCUGUGGCAGUCGAGUGUGCACUUCCUGGGGUCCCCAGCUCCUUCUCUACUCCAGCACCCAAGAGCUGCAGACCUUGGCGACCCUCAGGCUGCGGGUGGCCAUGCUGGAGCAGCAGGUCCACCUGGAAAAGGUCCUGAUGGCUGAACUCCUCCCCAUGGUGAGCACCCAGGAGCCACGGGGUCCAGCCUGGCUGGCGCUGUGCCGGGCUGCCCACAGCCUGCUCUGCGAGGGAGGUGAACGCUUCCUUACAAUCCUGCAAGAAGACCCUGCUGACUGAGCCUGCAACCCAGGCCUUGGCACCUGGGGCAAGAAAGCCUUUCAGAAGAGUCCCC